AUGGGACCUCGAAUCAAUGACAAAGUUGUGGGAAGUCCACAACUAAAAUUAAUCGAGGAUUUUCGUCGUUUAAGUGAAACAGCGGAGAAAACGGGAGACAUUGUAUUUCUAUUGGGAGAAGAGGAAUCUGUGGAAAAAAUUUAUGCUCACAAAAUCAUCAUGCAAGCCAGAUGCAAGAGCUUCCAAACGACAAAAAGAACAGAAAUUUGCAAAAUACCAGGAUGUACAGUGUCGAUUGCUAAUAACAACAUAAUUAGCAUCAGAUUGCCUCAUAUUACUUCGGACAUUUUCAAGCAGUUUAUUUUAUAUGUUUACACUGCGAAAAUAAUGUUGCAAGACUCAAAAGUAUUCGAAAUGAUGGCAUGUGCUCAAGAUUUUGGAGUUGAUGAGCUAAAGGAUGCAUGUGAGGAAUACGUUAUCUCAACCUUAUCAGUCCACAAUGCAUUUUUGUUGUUUGAAGCUGCAAUGGAGGUUUCAAAUAAACUUUCCAACUCUGUUUUCAUGGAAAAAUGUAUAAAUUUUAUUGAAGAAAAUGCCGUUGAAUGCGUGAAAAGUAAUUCAUUUCUCAAUUGUAAAAAAGAGACUUUAAUUAAAGUUAUUUCAUCGGACGAUUUUGCUAUGGAUGAAGCAGAUGUUUUCAGGAGCGUUUUAAGAUGGGCAAAAUACAAUGCUGGCGUUACCCAACCACUUGCUCACUGGACUGCCGAGGAAAGACAUCGAGUUUGCCAACAAUUAUCUCCAGUGAUGAGUUACAUUCGCUUACUUUUAAUUGACAGCAAAGUUUUCGCUGAAGAAGUUGAGCCCACGGGAGCAGUUCCCAUGGAAUUUGUGCUGGAACGUUAUCGUCACGCCGCUUUAAAUGCAAGUAAAACCGCUUCAAGCAACAAUCCAAGCAGCAAUUUUACCGAAGGUGACCGGUUACGGGCUCGCAUGAGCAUCAACUUUUUUCAAAAUUCAACAAUUCUGAAAAAUGACAAACUUCCGCUGCAAAUCACGUUGAACGAAUGGUUCGGAACUCCAAAGCAAAACUGGCAGCUAAUUUACAAAGCGUCGCAACACGAUUUUUCUGCCUCGAUGUUUCAUAAAAUGUGCGACGGAAUUGCACCGAUUUACAUUAUCGUGAUGGGAAACGAUAAAUCUGUGUGCGGCGGAUUUACGGAUGUUCCAUUUUCGAACAAAAAAGGCGGAUAUAUUUAUUCGGAUCACGCAUUUUUAUUUAGUUGCAAUGAAAACAGCCAGGCGAAGAAAUAUGACAUCGCGAAGAAACUUUAUGCGAUUUGCUAUCACAUCGGAUGCGGACCGAUUUUUGGAGCAGGAGCUGAUUUGUACAUCAGCGAUAAAUGCAACUUGAAUACAGACUCGUACUCGAAUCUGGGACACACUUAUAGCAGUUUAAACGGUGAAAACAGUCUGUUGGGCGAAUAUAAUUUUAAUAUUCUGGAUUACGAGGUUUUUUCAAUGGCACCCAGUUUGAGUGGCAAUUAAUUUGAAACUUUUUUUUUAAGUUUUUAAGGCAAAUAUCAUGAACCAGUUAACAAUCUGUAAAUGAAAAAUUAC